UGUUGUCACGUGAUCGCACGGGCAGGCAAGGGCAGCAUUGAGGUGAAUGCGCCGGGUCAAAUACGGGGUAUCAGUCACAAAAAUUCAGGCGUCUAAUUAAUACGGUGAGCUGAGGCGGCCCGGAGCGAUGGAUGCGCGAAAGCUCACGGAGCUGCUGCGGGCGACGAUCGACCCCGCGCAGCAAAAGGAAGCGGAGGAACAGCUCAAUCAGAUUCACAAAAUCAUUGGUUUUGCCCCGACGCUCCUACAGGUAGUAAUGUCAAAUGAAGUUGACGUACCUGUCAGGCAAGCUGGUGUAAUUUACUUAAAAAAUUUAAUUACUUCAAAUUGGGUUGAUAAAGAGGCCGAUAGUGGACCCAUAGAAUUUAGCGUUCACGAACAAGAUCGUGCAAUGAUACGCGAUGCCAUAGUAGAUGCAGUGGUACACGCUCCAGAAAUAAUUAGAGUACAAUUAGCAGUAUGCAUCAGUACUAUGGUUAAACACGACUUUCCUGGAAGAUGGACGCAAAUAGUGGACAAAAUUACAAUAUAUCUUCAAAAUCCAGAUGCUUCGUGUUGGCCUGGUGUUCUCCUCGCGCUGCAUCAACUUGUUAAAAAUUUCGAGUACAAGAAAGCAGAAGAGAGGGGACCAUUAAAUGAAGCAAUGAACUUGUUAUUGCCUAUGAUCUACCAAUUGAUAUUACGCUUAUUACCAGAUUCGUCCGAGCAAUCUGUCCUACUUCAGAAACAGAUACUAAAAAUUUUCUUUGCUCUUACCCAGUACACACUUCCCCUUGAUCUUAUCUCAAGAGAAGUAUUUUCACAAUGGAUGGACGUAGUAAGACAAAUAGCUGAUAGACCAGUACCACCCGAGAUCAAUAAUCCGGAUCUUGACGAUGACGAACGUGCGGAAUUGCCUUGGUGGAAAUGUAAAAAAUGGGCGUUACAUAUUUUACAUAGGAUGUUUGAAAGAUAUGGUAGCCCAGGAAAUGUGACCAAAGAAUAUACGGAAUUUGCUGAAUGGUAUUUGCAAACAUUUAGUGCUGGUAUUCUUGAGGUUCUUUUAAAAAUCUUGGAUCAGUAUCGUAGGAAAAUCUAUGUUUCUCCUAGAGUAGUGCAGCAAUCAAUCAAUUAUAUCAAUCAGGGCGUGAGUCAUGCAUUUUCUUGGAAAUUUUUGAAGCCUCAUAUGUUUGAAAUUAUACGUGAUGUUUUAUUUCCUAUUCUCUCAUAUUCCGCUACCGAUGAAGAGCUAUGGAACACUGAUCCCUAUGAAUAUAUCAGAGUAAAAUUUGAUAUUUUCGAGGAUUUUGUUUCGCCGGUAACAGCAGCACAAACUUUGUUACACUCAGCGUGCAGAAAACGAAAAGAUAUGCUUCAAAAGACGAUGCAAUUUUGUUUAGAGGUAUUAACUAGUCCAAAUGCAGAUCCAAGACAAAAAGAUGGUGCAUUACAUAUGAUUGGAAGUUUGGCUGAUGUUUUAUUGAAGAAAAAGAUUUACAAAGAACAAAUGGAUAAAAUGUUAUUGCAAUAUGUAUUUCCCGAAUUUAAUAGUCCUCAUGGCCAUAUGCGAGCAAGAGCCUGUUGGGUAAUGCAUUAUUUUUCGGAAAUUAGAUUUAAAUCGGAACAAAUUUUAGUCGAAGCGAUUAGACUGAUUACAAAUGCGCUCCUAACUGAUCAAGAUUUGCCUGUUAAAGUUGAAGCAGCCAUAGCGCUUCAAAUGAUGCUUGCGGCGCAACCUAAAGCUCAAAAGUAUAUCGAACCACUAAUAAAGCAAAUCACGCUUGAAUUAUUGACUAUUAUAAGGCAAACGGAAAAUGAUGAUUUGACGAGUGUUAUGCAAAAGAUUGUUUGUACAUAUACUGAACAACUAAUGCCAAUUGCUGUAGAAAUUUGUCAACACUUGGCUGCUACGUUUAGCCAAGUGCUCGAAACAGAUGAAGGUAGUGACGAGAAAGCGAUAACAGCAAUGGGCCUAUUGAACACGAUAGAAACAGUUUUAUCAGUAAUGGAAGAGCAGCCCCAAAUUAUGUCACAACUCGAACCAAUUGUCCUUCAAGUAGUAGCUCACAUCUUUGGACAAAGCGUAAUGGAAUUUUACGAAGAAGCGUUAUCGCUAGUGUACGAUCUGACAAGCAAAAGUAUAUCUGAAGAUAUGUGGAAAGUUUUGGAGCUCAUGUAUCAACUUUUCCAAAAGAAUGGUUUUGAUUAUUUUACUGACAUGAUGCCUGCGCUGCAUAAUUACAUUACCGUCGAUACUCCGGCAUUUUUAUCGAAUGAAAAUCAUAUUUUAGCUAUGUUCAAUAUGUGUAAAGCUGUUUUGACUGGUGAGGGUGGCGAAGAUCCCGAAUGUCAUGCUGCCAAGUUGCUAGAAGUCAUAAUUCUGCAAUGUAAAGGACACAUAGAUCAGUGUAUACCAUCGCUUGUGCAAUUAGUAUUAGAACGCCUAAUGCGCGAAGUUAAAACUUCGGAGUUGCGAACGAUGUGUCUUCAAGUAGUUAUUGCUGCUUUAUAUUACAAUCCUGCAUUAUGUCUGCAAACAAUGGACAGAUUGCAAGGAAACUUUGAUCAGUCAGCAGAGCCACUUGCUUCGCGUUUUAUCAAACAAUGGAUCAAUGAUACAGAUUGUUUCCUGGGUUUACACGAUCGUAAAUUAUGCGUUCUUGGAUUGUGUACAUUAAUCAGCAUGGGUCCUGCGCGACCAGCUGCUGUGAAUGAAUGCGCGACGCAAAUUAUACCAUCCUUAAUCCUAUUAUUCGAGGGUCUGAAAAGAGCAUACGCCGCUAAGGUUGCAGAUCCAGACGAUGACGAGAAUGAUGAAGAAGAAAGCGACAUUGAUGAAGAUGUCUUAUCCACUGACGAGGACGAAAUAGAUGAUGCUAAUCAGGAAUAUCUCGAGAAUAUACAGGACAAGGUAACACGGGCAUCCACUCAACAUGGUUUUAAUGUUAAUGCAACUAUACAAGAUGGUCACGGUGAUCACAGAUCUGAUGUUGAUGACGAUUCAGACUAUGACGGUAAUGAAGAGACCGCUCUUGAAAGUUACAUCACGCCCCUAGAUUCGGACGAUUCCAAUCAAGAUGAAUACAUUGUUUUCAAAGAAGUCAUACAAAAUAUUGAAAGAACUGACAUGACUUGGUAUAGGGCGUUAACAAAUCUUCUGAGUCCUGAACAAGAGAAAGCUCUACAAGAAAUUAUCUUGUUGGCAGAUCAGCGCAAAGCAGCUUUAGAGAGUAAAAGAAUCGAACAGAGCGGAGGUUAUGCCUUUCACUCACAGACUGUGCCCACCUCAUUUAACUUUGGUGGAACACCUUUAAGUCGAUAAGGACUUUUAAUCAUUUGAAUUUUAGAUUAAGUAAGUAAACAAAUUAUACAAAAUUUGGAACAGACAAUUGUAGCAAUCAUUACUAUGAUUAUUUUGAAAACAUUGUGCAUUUCCUACUUCCUAUUUUUGUGUAAACUAAUUGUACAUUACUAAGGCAAUCCAACAAAGUCUUACUUUAAUACAAUGACAUUAACACUAUCUCCAUGAGAUCAGUCUUGUGUAUACUGUUGUUUCAUUAGUCGAGACAGCAAAUUUGCCUUUUAGUGAUUAUAAGAAAAAUGUUUUGGUCAUACUGAAGAAAAAUGUACAUUCUUUUUUAUACAAAUUACUAUAAAUUAUAUUCGUAUAAUUUGAUUCAAUUGAAGUAUAAUAUCUAGCAAGCUAUAAUACAUUUUCUUUAAAAUUCUUUACAAUAAUAAUUUUAUAAAUUAUUGUUCGUUAUACAUUUUCUCAUGUAUAAUAUUAAAUUGUUAUAAUUUAUUUUUUUUGGGUAUAAAUCUUUAGAGUUUGAAAAUUUUAGCAUGGCUUGCUAGAUGCUCUUCGUACAAAAUGUAUAUUUAAUAGUCUCGAAUCGCAUGCCUUAGUCUAAAAUUGUUUUAGAAAACAAAAUCGUUUAGUUUAUAUAAUUAUAAAAACGUUGUGUUAAAAAUUGUUGGUAUAUAAAUAUAUCAAGAAAUCUUUGAGUAUGUGUAUAGACUAUUAUUUGAUAUUAUUAAUGAUUAAUUAGAUCAGUAAAAUGUUAUGCAAUGCAGUCUGCAGAUCUAUUUGCAAAUUACUAUUCGACAGUAAAAAAGGAAAGUAAGUUGUCAAGGUUGCUAGAAAUAACUCGCAGAAUUGUGUUGCCUACCAGUAAAUAUUUAGAUUAAAAGCAAUUUAGAUCUUUAAAUAAACACUGUUUUUUUAAGUCUUUGUUGAAAUGUACAUUGUAUUAUAUACAUGGCCAAACAUUCUACACAGCUAUCAAUCACUUUACGUAAAUCCCAGCACAGCUUACUUUAUUUUGGAAAAGCUAAUUUUUUAUAUAAUAUUAUCCACAAUAUACUCUGAAAGAUGGAGCUGCAUCAAAUUGGCUUAGCAAAAGCAAUUUAGAUAGCUAACUAUGUAACAAAUUCUUUGCAAUCAUAGACCUUACGGAAUAUAAUUAUAGUACACCAUUAUAAAAUAAAAAAAGGCAUCAACGAAAACACAAAUAAAUUUAAAGCAUAGCUCUUUCUUUCAUGAGGUGUAUUGUAAUUAUAUAAAACGAACUUGGAGCAGAAAUAAAUUAUAAAUAUCAGAGCCCAAAAUGAUAAAGGCGUACAAAGAAGAGGUGUUCUGUGCUGUGGUUAGUGAAAUGAUUACUGCACAAGUGCUUUUUUAUCAGGAUGCAAAAGAAUGCAUGCAUCAAUUACAUGUCGCUUCAAAAUACAAGUUAUAACCUGUAUUUUAAAAAUUUUUUAUUAGUGAAACGUUUUUCAUCAACAUUUUGUUGAGAAAGAAAAAAAAAAUAUAUAUAUAUAUAUAUAUAUAUAUAUAUUUAUGAAUAUUUAUAGUUAUCAGACUUUUAUUUUGUUUGUCGAAUAUACGAUUUUACAAUUAGCUGUUUCACACAUAAAACUGCAAGAAAUGUGCAAUAAUUUUAAUAUGUAACAUAAAUUUUUUCUGAUCUUCCUAGUAAAGAUUCUAUACACAGGGUGCAUGCAAAUAUAUAAUAAAUAUGAUAGACAAGAAACAAUAUAUAAUAGAUUAUGUUAACAUUUGAUCAGUAUGUUUUCAAAAAAAUCAUAGGCAUAUAUAAAAUAUAUAGAUUUGCAAUUAUUUAAAAACUUUAAUAGAAUUUUGGCCGCAAUUUUAAUAAGGAAUUUAAUAUAGGAUUCAAUAAAAAAUGUUUUUAUUGCAAGUCAAAACAAAGUUUUAUGAUUUUUUAAUAUGCUCCCCAAAGCAUACUUGCUAGAAUUGUUUGUUUGACUGUACAUGAUUAGCUUUUGAUUCAUAAUAAAUAUUAUUCUUUAAUAUAAAUAUAUACUUUAAAAUCUAAUAAUAUAAAAUAUGAUGAGACAAGAAGAUAUAAAAGUAUAUGUUUAUAAUAUUGCUCAAUAUUUUUAAAAUGUUCUACAUAUGAAAUGUAUGUAUCUCUUUUUUGAAUUUUAAAAGGCUGGAAAUAUUUUAUAUGUAACAGGAAAUGAUUUCAAAUUAUAAAUAUUAGAAAGUUACAUGGCUGAUUAUUGAUAUACACAGUAAAAUUGAAUUGCUUGAUAAGAAAUGUUUACAUUAUAAAAAAAUAUUCUAUAUACACGAGACAUAUUAAAAGGAAUCAUUUUUUUAACAUAAUUAAGGAUACUUGAAUUGUGUACUCCUUGUAUUUUCGCCAAUUUUAUUUUGCAGUACCCUGCUUUUAGCUUUACUUGGAAUUACGACUAUUAUCAAUUUCUUGCAGCGUUUAUAUCAAAUAGAUAUAAAGCAUAAGCAAUUUCUAACAUCGUAUCUAUUUCAUAAAUAUGAUGCGCUCAAGUAAAAAUGCCAUCACUCUUCACAUUGUGAUACGAACGCGCGACCUAUUAUUUGAAUAAAAUCUUUGUGCAUGUAAUGAGAAAAAAUUAAUUGAUUAAGUCAAUUUUUCUCAAAGAAGAAUAUUUAAAAAAGUGCCUUGAGAUGUUUAAUGCAGACGGGACCUAAAUUAAAGAAUACAGCAGAGUAAAGCUGUAGGUCGGUGUGAGGCCAGGACACUUCUCUAGUUCAUAAGUUCUAUAAGUGUGUAUUAAAGUAUAAUAAAUUAACAAUAACUGAUAGAGAAGACAAAAACUGUUCCUUUGCUCUUUAGGAUAUGAACUGCAACUUCUUUGUAAUGGAUAUUUACCACACACAUUCAAUAAUUUUUAUAUAAUAAUAUAAUAAUAUAUAUAUAUAUAUAUAAUAAUUAUAAAUUAUGUAGCAACAGUGAGUCUUAUGACAAAAUCACAUAUAUGCUUUAAGUCUUAAUAUUGUAUAAACUGAUAAGGUAAGAUACAACUAUAUACUGAUGCUUUAAUACACGAAUGAAGUUUAUAAAAACUUCGCUAUUAAACUGAAGAUGUAGUGUGUGUAUGCAUAUAUAUAUAUAUGUGUAUAUAUAUAUAUAUAUAUAUAUAUAUAUAUAUAUAUAUAUAUAUAUAUAUUGUAUAUCUGUCAUUUAUUUAUCCAAGCUCUUAUUUUUGGAGUUUACAAUAUGUUUGUAAAUUUCAAUAUUUAUACUAAAUGCUUAGCUUUUAACUUUCUCUUACACCUGUCUAAUCAAACAUAUUUAAUAAACAAUAAAAUAUAAAAUUUAUAAAAUAUACAUAACUGCGCUCAUUAGUUUGGACUUCACAAUUGUGUCUUUAAUUUCUUUAAAAUAAAAAAAUGUUUAAAAAUAUAGCAAUAUUUAAUUUUACUAUUAAUUUCUAUAUGUAAAAAUAUAUAUAAAAAGAAUUUUUUUAUAUAGAUGUAGCUUUCCUAUUCUAGUUAUUUAUUCUUCUUACUCUCACCAGCAAUUAGUUACUAUUGUGAACUCCAAAAUGUAUAUAGAUUUAUUAAAGGGAUAUAUAUAUAUAUAUAUAUAUAUAUAUAUAUAUAUAUAUAUAUAUAUAUAUGAUAUCAAAUAUUUAGAUUUAUACAUCAAUAUAAGAACAGAUAGGAAAAAGAGAAGAAUUGGUAGCACAUUCUAAUACACUUUGUUUUUGUGAUUCUUGCAUGUAUCACAAUUUUUUAAAAUUACACAUUGAGAUGCUCAAUUAUUUUACAUAGAUUGUACAAAUGUGACGUUCAAAAUAUACUUUCCAACGUUUCUAAUAAUUAUGGAGUGUAAUAAAUUAAAUUUUGUAGUAUAAAAAAUCUUACAAUUAUAUUGUAUCUCUCAUAAUUAGCAACUGCUGUAAGGUUUGUACUUGUACAUAGGACAAAGAAAAUUAAUCCUCCUCUCUUAAUAUGAAAUAAAUUCUAACUUGUUUCAUAAAAA